AUCAUCACACCACACCGCACCACCCUGCCAUGAUCAACACACCACACACACCUGAACAACAUUCUCCUCUCCUCUGCACACAAAGGAACGAGCAAUAUUCAGUAUGGAGUGCAUCGUGGAGCUGCAGCAGGAGCGGGAGCACUGCGUCACGGAGGUACCGGAGGUCGAUGGCGCCGAGCUGCUCCUCGAGCUCCUGGACGCGUCGCUCGCCGCCGAGGAGGAGGAGGAGGCGGCGGCACUCGGCGGCAAGCACCACCAGCUCGGCUUCCCGGCCGAGGACGUCGGCGAAGGCUGGGUCGACGACGGCCUACAGGAGCUGAACUCGAUCCACCCGCACCAGGAAGCGGGCUGCGAGGACUGCGGCCUCGACGGCAUCGUAGUGUCCGGCUUCGACGGCUGCGGGUGCUCGCCGGGGCCGUACGUCCUGGACGACGUCGGCAACGCCGUGGGGUACUGGGCGGAGGAGAUGGAGGGCGCCGGCUUUGGCUUCUUCAACGGCGACUGCGUGGGGGAGUGGUACUCGGACGGCAUGGCCGUGGAGUGGGACGAAGGGAGAAGCUACUGCUCCUUCUACCCAUCCUACGGCGCCGAGGCGUCCGCGGAGCAACCGUACAUCAGUCCAUUGUGGGAGUGAACGUAGUCUCUAUCGUGACAAAAAAAAAUCUAGUAGUCUGGCUAGAAGUGUGUGAGAGACUUUUUUUUUAGCUAGAAGUGUGUGAGAGACUUUUUUUUAGCUAGAAGUGCGUGUGAGCCCUUUUUUUUAGCUAGAAGAGUAGGAGUGUGUGUGAGCCUUUGUUUUUUGAGCCAAAAGUGUGUGAGCCUUUUUUAUUGAGCCAAAAGUGUGUGUGAGCCGUGAA